AGUUUGUUAUCGUUUACAUCAGGACGAUUUAUUAUAAUUUUAUGUCGGGUUGAUUUCGUGGUAGCGUGGUCUGUGCUGCACCGAACGUGUUGAAAACAAGGAACUAUGGCAAACGUAUCUGUUGACAAAGAGACAUUCUUUCGGCGUAUGAAGCGUCUUUAUGCCGCGUGGAAAGAUGGAGAAGUUGGUACAGAUGACAGUUUUAGUAAAAUGGAUUGUCUUGUCUCCUCCGUGGGCACUGACGAGGACAUUGUUUAUAGUAAAUCCACAGCGUUGCAAACAUGGCUCCUCAGUUAUGAACUUACCGAUACAAUAAUGAUCUUGGCGGAAGAUUCUGUUAACUUUCUGGCAAGUAAGAAGAAAAUUGAGUUUCUGAGAAAGCUAGAAAACCAGAAAACAGAAGAUACCGGAGUACCUCCUGUGAAACUACUUGUGAGGGACAGAAACGAUGAAGAUAAAGGCAAUUUUGCCAAACUUAUCGACAUUAUAAAGGAAAGCAAGAAGGGUAAAACAUUGGGUGUAUUUUCGAAAGAAAAUUAUCCAGGUGCCUUUAUGGAUGCAUGGAGAGCUGCUCUUAAAGCCGAAUCUUUUGAUACGGUGGACGUGAGUGCUGCAGCUGCAUAUGUAAUGUGUCCAAAAGAGGAUGCAGAAAUUCUUACCAUAAAGAAGGCAUGUUUAGUGUCUGUAGAUGUUUUCACCAAGUACCUUAAAGACCAAAUUAUGGAAAUUAUAGACUCCGACAAGAAAGUCAAGCAUUCGAAGCUCGCAGAAGGGGUGGACGCAGCUAUAACGAAUAAGAAGUAUGUGACUGGCGUUGAUGUUAGUCAGGUUGAUAUGUGUUAUCCAGCCAUCAUUCAGAGCGGUGGAAACUAUUCCUUGAAGUUCAGCGUCGUUAGCGAUAAAAACACGUUGCAUUUCGGUGUAAUUGUUUGUUCACUCGGGGCACGAUACAAAUCCUAUUGCUCUAAUAUUGUCAGAACACUGCUGGUGAAUCCCACAAAGACAAUCGAGGAUAAUUACAACUUUCUUUUACAAUUAGAAGAAGAGAUUCUGAAGAAACUGGUGUCCGGCGUGAAGAUAAGCGAAGUGUACGAGAGAGGUGUAAAAUACGUGAAGGAUGAGAAGCCAGAUAUGUUGGAUCAUUUGACGAAAAACUUCGGAUUCGCUAUGGGGAUCGAAUUCAGAGAAAGCUCGUUGCUUAUCGGCCCAAAGACUCAUGCGUUAGUGAGGAAAGGCAUGGUGUUCAACGUUAACGUUGGACUGUCGAAUCUCUCGAAUUCCGAAGCCACGGAAAAAGAAGGGAAAGUUUAUGCCCUGUUCGUUGGCGACACCGUUAUGGUGAACGAUGGCCAACCAGCUUCGAAUUUAACGCCGUCAAAGAAGAAGCUGAAAAACAUCGGUAUAUUUGUGAGGGACGAAGAGGAUGACGAAGAAGAAGGAAAUGGAAAAGAGUAUGAACCGAAACCUGAGAUUCUUUCCACGUCUUCUCGACGUGGAAACAGGACAGCGGUCAUAGAAUCGAAGUUGAGGACAGAGCACAGCUCGGAAGAGAAACGAAAAGAGCAUCAAAAGGAACUUGCGCAGCAAUUGAACGAAUUAGCGAAAGCUCGGUUAGCGCAACAGUCUGGUGGAAAAGAACAAGAGAAAAUACGAAAGUCAACGGUAUCGUAUAAAAGUCUGAGUCAUAUGCCGCGUGAAUCGGAAGUGAAGGAACUGAAGUUAUAUGUUGAUAAAAAGUACGAAACUGUGAUUCUACCAAUUUUCGGUAUUCCCGUGCCAUUCCACAUAUCUACGAUCAAAAAUAUCUCGCAGUCUGUCGAAGGUGAUUACACGUAUCUAAGAAUCAAUUUUUUUCAUCCUGGCGCCACAAUGGGACGCAACGAAGGGGGAUCCUAUCCACAACCGGACGCCACAUUUGUCAAAGAAGUAACAUAUCGAAGUACGAACACCAAAGAACCCGGUGAAAUCUCAGCGCCGUCGUCGAAUUUGAACACAGCCUUCAGACUGAUCAAAGAAGUCCAGAAGAAGUUUAAAAACAGGGAAGCAGAAGAAAGGGAAAAGGAGGAUCUAGUGAAGCAAGAUACCUUGAUAUUGUCGCAGAACAAGGGUAAUCCUAGAUUGAAGGACUUGUACAUUCGACCGAACAUCGUCUCGAAACGAAUGACAGGCGGCUUAGAGGCGCACGUUAACGGAUUCCGAUACACCUCUGUCAGAGGGGACAAAGUCGAUAUUCUCUACAAUAACAUUAAGAACGCCUUCUUCCAGCCGUGCGAUGGAGAGAUGAUUAUAUUGCUUCAUUUUCAUUUGAAACACGCGAUAAUGUUCGGUAAGAAGAAACACGUGGACGUGCAGUUUUACACGGAGGUCGGGGAGAUCACGACGGACUUGGGGAAGCAUCAGCACAUGCACGACCGUGACGAUCUCGCCGCCGAGCAAUCGGAACGGGAGCUCAGGCACAAAUUGAAAACAGCGUUCAAAAGUUUCUGUGAGAAGGUCGAGAGUAUGACGAAACAGGAGAUCGAAUUCGACACGCCGUUCCGAGAGCUUGGCUUCCCUGGCGCCCCAUACAGGAGCACCGUUCUUUUACAACCCACCAGUGGAUGCCUGGUCAAUCUCACUGAAUGGCCGCCGUUUGUUAUUACAUUAGAGGACGUCGAACUGGUCCAUUUCGAGAGGGUACAGUUCCAUCUGAAGAACUUCGAUAUGAUUUUCGUCUUCAAAGAUUACCAUAGAAAAGUCGCGAUGCUUAACGCUAUCCCCAUGAAUAUGCUGGAUCAUGUGAAGGAAUGGCUGAACUCCUGCGACAUUAGGUACACAGAGGGUGUGCAAUCGUUGAAUUGGACGAAGAUCAUGAAGACGAUCACGGACGAUCCUGUUGGUUUCUUCGACAAUGGCGGCUGGACCUUCCUUGACCCAGAGAGCGACGCAGAGAAUGACGAUGUGGAUGAUGAAGAGGAAGAGGAAGAUGACGCUUAUGAGCCAACUGAUCUGGACAGCGAAGAGGAAUCUGAUGAUGAUUCUGAAUACUCCGAAGCAUCGGAAGACAUUGACAGUGAAGGGGAAGAAUUGGAUCCCUCGGAGGAAUCUGGAAAGGAUUGGUCAGAUUUAGAACGGGAAGCAGCCGAGGAAGACAAAGAAAGAGGGGACGCACAAUUUCGCGACGAUUACAACUCUAGCAAGAAGAGCAAGUCGAGCCGGAAACAUUCAUUAUCGCCAGCGAAGAAUAGUCAUAACUCGAAACACAAGAGUUCGUCGAGUAGUAAAGACAAAAGCAGAUCUUCGUCCAGCGGUAAAGACAAAAAGUCCUCAUCGUCGGACAAGCACAGAUCGGAUCGAUCGCGGAGUGGGGGAUCACACAAGAAAGUGUCUCCUUCCAAAUCGUCCAGACACAGUCCCAAGAAGAGCGACCGACACGACAAACACAAAUCAAGCCAUUCUUCGUCUAACAGUAAGAAACGAUCUCGCGAUGACAGCGCUGAAAGGAACGACAGGGGGUCGAAGAAGUCCAAGAAAUGAAAAGGAUCGUCCUAAGCGUUGGGCACAAAGCACACGAAAAUAAAAAACACGAACACCAAGUUGAUUCUGCAUAAAGCUUUCUUACUCGUGGUACGUCGAUUAAGUUAUAAGAGCAGUACAUUUUCUUGCAUUGACUCGUUUAAAUUGUUGGCUGAACAGCUCGGCGAUAUUGCUCGAAAGUUCGAUAACCUAACUUUAUAGGCAUCACCUACACACAGCGGUACAAUAAUAAAUACUUAAACACGUGUGAGCUUGGGUUCGACAGAUUUUUCGUAAAUUUAUCUACGGACAUACUUUUAUAACCAUUUGUUAGUUGUACAUACAAAAUUCAUUUAACUAAGAGGCUUUAUCUUCAUAAUAUAAUAUAGCUACUAACACGAAA